CACCAGACAGAUUGUUUUGACCGCUUGCCUGCCUGCGCCGUAUGAAUAGUCCCAUUGCAGGAUGUGAGCUAAUGAUUCCACACAUACAUUGUAAAGCAACUGGCAACCUGCAAAGCGUCGCUUGCACAAAGUUCCCCUUCAUUUUUUUUUACAGAAGGCUGGCAUUUCAUGGUGCUUUCAUAUUUGGGGCUACACAAAACUGGACGCAGGGCCAUAGAGGCGCCGUCAAUUUAAUGUAAUUCCUGCUACUUGGCCCCCAGUACCAAAUGUCAAGGAUUGAAGAAACUUGUUGGUCGUGCAGUUGCACCCGGGUACAUCAGUCUGAGAGCAACGGCACGCUGCUGGUGACAAAGGUCCACGAAAUGAUGACCAUCGUCAGCUCGAUCCUGGGCAGUGCCUACUGCUCCCUGGUCAGCGGGCACACCAUGAACUUACUGCGGCGGGGCUUGGUGCUUUUCACUGUCGGAGUCUUUCUGGCCCUGGUGUUGAACCUGCUGCAGAUCCAGAGGCACGUCACCCUGUUCCCUGAAGAGGUCAUCGCCACAAUCUUCUCUUCGGCCUGGUGGGUGCCACCUUGUUGUGGCACAGCAGCAGCUGUGGUAGGUCUGCUGUAUCCCUGCAUUGACAGCCACCUUGGAGAACCUCACAAGUUCAAAAGAGAGUGGGCAAGUGUUAUGAGAUGUGUAGCAGUCUUCGUUGGCAUCAACCACGCGAGUGCUAAAUUGGACUUUGCCAAUAACAUGCAAUUGUCUUUGACCCUGGCAGCCCUCUCACUGGGUCUGUGGUGGACAUUUGAUCGCUCUAGAAGUGGAUUUGGACUUGGCCUUACAAUAGCCUUUGUAGCAACCUUGGUCACUCAACUGUUGGUGUAUAAUGGCGUUUACCAGUACACCUCACCAGAUUUCCUGUACAUUCGCUCUUGGCUGCCAUGUAUAUUUUUCUCCGGAGGAGUGACUGUUGGAAAUAUCGGAAGACAGCUGGCCAUGGGAGUUUCUGAAAUUGCACACAAGGAUUGCCUUGAGAAGAUGCACAAGGAUUGAGUGUUAGCCAUGAGGAGUGAUAACGGUGCCAAUGUAGAUAACUUCGUGUGGGAGUGCACAUAUAUACACCAGGGAGAUGAGUAGGUGCUAUAUAUGGUGGAAGAUGUGAUUACUGCAUGAUAUUCAUAAAAGGGAAAAUUUUGCAAUCUGUGAUUGCCUUUGUACAAUUCAUUUGUUUCUCAACAUUGAAGAUAUUUCUGUUGCAACCUGUACAUACCAGGUCUUCUAAGUGUAAUCAUUUAGUCUGUGUAUGAACUGCAAUGCCAUUACUCUGUUGCUACAGCAGACCUAAGUAGCAAGUAUUAGAUCUGCUUGAUGAAAGUGCAAUGUUCACCGUACCUGAGUCUCGUUGUCUAAUUGUACCCUAUUUAAUUUCCUAUCUUUGAUUCAUUUGUACAACAUACAGGUGUGUGUGUGUGUGUUGGGGAAGGGAUGGAGGGGGCCAAUCUCUUUGUGUAGCAUGGUGAUAGAAUGGAAACAAAGAGAUGUUCUGUCUUUUUUUUCCCCCUCCAGCCUGUUAUUCAGUCCCUGCGAGUGAUGAUAAUGUUCAUCAGAAUUUAGCUGCUGUGUCACAGUGUGUAUUUGUACAGUGGAGAUAUAUAAUCGUAAGGGAUGUACAUAGUGCUGAACAGAAAGAAGUGAACUCUCUCUCUCCCUCGAGCUCGAAAUCUCCACUUGAACCUAUAUUGAAAUAGUCACACAGUGAAGCUGCGCUUUUCCACUUGACCAAUGCAGUGCAAUAUGUCAGUGACAGAAUACUUCCAUUGCUUUGGGCUUCGUCAGUCUGGAUCUGUCUCUGCUGCGAGAGUGAAGUGAUUUUAUUUUGUUUGGUUUUUGCAGUGUUAGUGUUUCCGAUAUGAACCAAUCAGCUCACUUUCUCACAUGUCGAUAAGAUAAUUUACCUGAUUUUUGUAAACGAAAUGUACACAUUCAGUUUAAAUGUGUUUGAGUUUUUUUUUCUCCUUUCACUGUUCCCAAUAAAAAAUGUACAGUAAUUGUCAAA